GACGGCAAGGCAAACCUACCCUUAUCUUAUACCCGUCCCAACCCCUCGCAACCGGUCCGCGCCUCAGCCCUAAAAAUCGGCCGCCGCCGAGCCAAAUGAACCCCGAUGCCGUUCUCCGGCUGUCGCUUUGCUGGGCAGCGGCCGCCGUUUUGUUCACAGGGAUAUACACCCACUUCUCUUUCAAGAAAAUGGCCGCCACUUACAUCUUCGGGAUGUUCGCCGUCGGCGGUUUGAUCUUGCCGGACUGGGAGUUCUUCGACCGUUCCGUCUCCGAAUGGUUCUCCCCCGUCACCUCCUCCUCCCACGAAUCCUCGACGGCCAAACAGGCCGCUCCGUCCAGGUUUAGGAUGUAUCCGGCGAGAGUCGCUCUUUACACUGUCGUGUACGGCGUUGCUUUCUACAAGUGGUGGGUCUUCGUAUUCUCCUCCUAAUAAACCUGAAUUUCUUUAGAUCCACCAUGUGUGAUCAGACAGAUGAACCUAGAGCCGAUCCCAGAGGGCAUUGAGGAGGAGAUGUACGAUGGCGUGGCUGUCUCUUUAAUCUGUUGAUUAUGUUUUAUUUGAUUAACUUUAAUGCUUAUUACGUUUUCGGGCAAGAUCCCAAGUCGUUUGACUUUAAAAAGGCUUCCGCAUUAUUUUAAAUUACUCCGAUGAAUUUUUAUAUGUAUUGAUAGAACGUUUGUUUAAAAUUUGUUUUGAAAAUGUCGCAAAUUUGGAUACCAAUUCAGUAGCACACCGGUCCGCUGUCUCACGGGUU